AGAGCGCGGACUGGCCGGGUCGGCGGAGCGUGAGUCUGAACCCCGCACGCCCAUUUCUCCCCCACCCCACUCGGUAAGGCCGGGGGCAGGGCCGCCUCCACCCACACCAGUCCGGGCUUUCCCUCCAGUUGCCGGGAGGGCGGUGGUGCCGCCCCCAAGGCUGCCGAGGGCCGGAGGGUCUCACCAGGCUGGCGGUGCGCGCGCCCUCCUCCGAGAGAGCCUAAAGAGAUGUUGAAGUUCAAAUAUGGAGCACGGAAUCUGCUGGACGCUGGUGCUGCUGAACCCAUUGCCAACCGGGCCUCCAGGCUGAAUCAUUUCUUCCAGGGGAAACCACCCUUUCUGACUCAACAGCAGAUGUCUCCUCUUUCCCGAGAAGGGAUAUUAGAUGCCCUCUUCGUUCUCUUCGGAGAAUGCAGUCAGCCUGCUCUGAUGAAGAUCAAGCACGUGAACAACUUUGUCCGGAAGUAUUCUGACACCAUAGCUGAGUUACAGGAGCUCCAGCCUUCAGCCAAGGACUUUGAAGUCCGAAGUCUUGUGGGUUGUGGUCACUUUGCCGAAGUGCAGGUGGUAAGGGAGCGAGCGACCGGGGACAUCUAUGCCAUGAAAGUCAUGAAGAAGAAGACCUUGUUGGCCCAAGAGCAGGUUUCAUUUUUUGAGGAAGAACGGAACAUAUUAUCUCGGAGCACAAGCCCUUGGAUCCCCCAGUUACAGUAUGCCUUUCAGGACAAAAAUAACCUUUAUCUGGUCAUGGAAUAUCAGCCUGGAGGGGACUUGCUGUCACUUUUGAAUAGAUAUGAGGACCAGUUAGAUGAAAAUAUGAUUCAAUUUUACCUAGCCGAACUGAUUUUGGCUGUUCACAGCAUUCAUCAGAUGGGAUAUGUGCAUCGAGACAUCAAGCCUGAGAACAUUCUCAUUGACCGAACAGGACACAUCAAGCUUGUGGAUUUUGGAUCAGCGGCUAAAAUGAACUCAAAUAAGAUGGUGAAUGCCAGACUCCCGAUUGGGACUCCAGAUUACAUGGCCCCUGAAGUGUUGACCGUGAUGAAUGGGGAUGGGAAAGGCACCUACAGUCUCGACUGUGACUGGUGGUCGGUGGGAGUGGUCGCCUAUGAAAUGGUUUAUGGAAGGUCCCCGUUUACUGAGGGAACCUCAGCCAGAACCUUCAGUAACAUCAUGAAUUUCCAGCGGUUUUUGAAGUUUCCUGAUGACCCCAAAGUUAGCGGUGAAUUACUUGAUCUGAUUCAGAGUUUGCUGUGUGGCCAGAAAGAGAGACUGAAGUUUGAAGGCCUUUGCUGCCACCCUUUCUUCUCUAAAAUUGACUGGAAUAACAUCCGUAACUCUCCUCCCCCCUUCGUUCCCACCCUCAAGUCUGAUGAUGACACCUCCAAUUUUGAUGAACCAGAGAAGAAUUCGGGGGUUUCAUCCUCUUUGUGCCAGCUGAACCUCUCAGGUUUCUCGGGUGAAGAACUGCCGUUCGUGGGGUUUUCGUAUAGCAAGGCACUGGGGAUUCUUGGUAGAUCUGAGUCUGUCGUGUCAAGUCUGGACUCCCCUGCCAAGACUAGCUCCAUGGAAAAGAAACUUCUCAUCAAAAGCAAAGAGCUGCAAGACUCCCAGGACAAGUGUCACAAGAUGGAGCAGGAAAUGACCCGGUUACAUCGGAGAGUGUCAGAGGUGGAGGCUGUGCUUAGUCAGAAGGAGGUGGAGCUGAAGGCCUCUGAGACUCAGAGAUCCCUCCUGGAGCAGGACCUUGCUACCUACAUCACAGAAUGCAGUAGCUUAAAGCGAAGUUUGGAGCAAGCACGGAUGGAGGUGUCCCAGGAGGAUGACAAAGCACUGCAGCUUCUCCAUGAUAUCAGAGAGCAGAGCCGGAAGCUCCAGGAAAUCAAAGAGCAGGAGUACCAGGCUCAAGUGGAAGAAAUGAGGUUGAUGAUGAAUCAGUUAGAAGAGGACCUUGUUUCAGCAAGGAGACGGAGUGAUCUCUAUGAAUCGGAGUUGAGAGAGUCUCGGCUCGCUGCUGAAGAGUUCAAGCGGAAAGCGACAGAAUGUCAGCAUAAACUACUGAAGGCUAAGGAUCAGGGGAAGCCUGAAGUGGGAGAAUAUUCCAAACUGGAGAAGAUCAAUGCUGAGCAACAGCUCAAAAUUCAGGAGCUCCAAGAGAAGCUGGAAAAGGCUGUAAAAGCCAGCACAGAGGCCACCGAACUGCUGCAGAAUAUCCGCCAGGCAAAGGAGCGAGCCGAACGUGAGCUGGAGAAGCUGCAGAACCGGGAGGACUCCUCUGAAGGCAUAAAAAAGAAGCUGGUGGAGGCCGAGGAACGCCGCCAUUCUCUGGAGAACAAGGUAAAGAGGCUAGAGACCAUGGAGCGUAGAGAAAACAGACUGAAGGAUGACAUCCAGACAAAAUCCCAACAGAUCCAGCAGAUGGCUGAUAAAAUUCUGGAGCUGGAGGAGAAGCACCGUGAGGCCCAGGUCUCAGCCCAGCACCUAGAGGUGCACCUGAAACAGAAAGAACAGCACUACGAGGAAAAAAUUAAAGUGUUGGACAACCAGAUAAAGAAAGACCUGGCCGAUAAAGAGACUCUGGAGAAUCUGAUGCAGAGACAUGAAGAGGAGGCCCACGAGAAGGGCAAAAUUCUCAGCGAGCAGAAGGCGAUGAUCAAUGCUAUGGAUUCCAAGAUCAGAUCCCUGGAACAGAGGAUUGUGGAACUCUCAGAAGCCAACAAACUUGCGGCAAACAGCAGUCUUUUUACCCAGAGGAACAUGAAGGCCCAGGAAGAGAUGAUUUCUGAGCUCAGGCAACAGAAGUUCUACCUGGAGACACAGGCGGGGAAGCUGGAGGCCCAGAACCGGAAGCUGGAGGAACAGCUGGAGAAAAUCAGCCACCAAGACCACAGUGACAAGAACCGGCUGCUGGAGCUGGAGACAAGGUUGAGGGAGGUCAGCCUAGAGCACGAGGAGCAGAAACUGGAGCUAAAGCGCCAGCUCACGGAGCUACAGCUCUCGCUGCAGGAGCGCGAGUCCCAGCUGACGGCCCUGCAGGCUGCCCGGGCAGCCCUGGAGAGCCAGCUGCGCCAGGCCAAGACUGAACUGGAAGAGACCACAGCGGAGGCAGAAGAGGAGAUCCAGGCACUCACGGCCCAUAGAGAUGAAAUCCAGCGCAAAUUUGAUGCCCUUCGUAACAGCUGUACUGUAAUCACAGACCUGGAGGAGCAGCUAAACCAGCUGACCGAGGACAACGCUGAGCUCAACAACCAAAAUUUCUACUUGUCCAAACAACUCGACGAGGCUUCUGGCGCCAACGAUGAGAUAGUACAAUUACGAAGUGAGGUAGACCAUCUCCGCCGCGAGAUUACGGAGAGGGAGAUGCAGCUCACGAGCCAGAAGCAAGCACAACUCAGUGGUACUGAUUUGCAGACGAUGGAGGCUCUGAAGACCACUUGCACGAUGCUGGAAGAACAGGUCAUGGACCUGGAGGCCCUGAAUGAUGAGCUGCUGGAAAAAGAGCGGCAGUGGGAGGCGUGGAGGAGCGUCCUUGGAGACGAGAAGUCCCAGUUUGAGUGUCGGGUCCGAGAGUUACAGAGGAUGCUGGACACCGAGAAGCAGAGCAGGGCACGGGCCGACCAGCGGAUCACCGAGUCCCGCCAGGUGGUGGAGCUGGCGGUGAAGGAGCACAAGGCUGAGAUCCUGGCUCUGCAGCAGGCCCUCAAAGAGCAGAAGCUGAAAGCUGAGAGCCUCUCUGACAAGCUCAAUGACCUGGAGAAGAAACAUGCCAUGCUUGAAAUGAACGCCCGCAGUUUACAGCAGAAACUGGAAACUGAACGGGAGCUCAAACAGAGGCUUCUGGAAGAGCAAGCCAAAUUACAGCAGCAGAUGGACCUGCAGAAGAAUCACAUUUUCCGUUUGACUCAAGGGCUGCAAGAAGCUCUGGACCGGGCUGAUCUGCUGAAGACCGAAAGGAGCGAUCUGGAAUACCAGCUAGAAAACAUUCAGGUUCUCUAUUCUCACGAAAAGGUGAAAAUGGAAGGUACUAUUUCUCAACAAACCAAACUCAUUGACUUUCUGCAAGCCAAAAUGGACCAGCCCGCUAAGAAGAAAAAGGUUCCUCUGCAGUACAAUGAGCUGAAGGUGGCCCUGGAGAAGGAGAAAGCUCGCUGUGCAGAGCUAGAGGAAGCCCUUCAGAAGACCCGCAUCGAGCUCCGGUCUGCCCGGGAGGAAGCUGCCCACCGGAAGGCCACAGACCAUCCGCACCCGUCUACGCCGGCCGCCGCGAGGCAGCAGAUCGCCAUGUCCGCUAUCGUGCGGUCACCCGAGCACCAGCCCAGUGCCAUGAGCCUGCUCGCCCCGCCGUCCAGCCGCAGAAAGGAGUCGUCAACUCCAGAGGAAUUCAGUCGGCGUCUUAAGGAGCGCAUGCACCACAAUAUUCCUCACCGAUUUAACGUAGGAUUGAACAUGCGAGCCACAAAGUGUGCUGUGUGUCUGGAUACUGUGCACUUCGGGCGCCAGGCAUCCAAAUGUCUUGAAUGUCAGGUGAUGUGUCAUCCCAAGUGCUCCACGUGCUUGCCAGCCACCUGUGGCCUGCCAGCCGAGUAUGCCACACACUUCACCGAGGCCUUCUGCCGUGACAAAAUGAACUCUCCGGGUCUCCAGACCAAGGAGCCCAGCAGCGGCUUGCACCUGGAAGGGUGGAUGAAGGUGCCCAGGAAUAACAAACGAGGACAGCAAGGCUGGGACCGGAAGUACAUUGUCCUGGAGGGAUCCAAAGUCCUCAUUUAUGACAAUGAAGCCAGAGAAGCUGGACAGAGGCCGGUGGAAGAAUUUGAGCUGUGCCUUCCCGACGGGGAUGUAUCUAUUCAUGGCGCCGUUGGUGCUUCUGAGCUUGCAAAUACAGCCAAAGCAGAUGUCCCCUACAUACUGAAGAUGGAGUCUCACCCGCACACCACCUGCUGGCCCGGGAGAACGCUCUACUUGCUGGCUCCCAGCUUCCCCGACAAACAGCGCUGGGUCACUGCCUUAGAGUCUGUUGUCGCAGGUGGGAGAGUUUCUAGGGAAAAAGCAGAAGCCGAUGCUGGCUGCGACCGUCUCUCCUACGAGCUUCUGCCUGCGUGGGUUCAGAAAUUGCUUGGAAACUCCCUGCUGAAACUGGAAGGUGAUGACCGUCUGGACAUGAACUGCACGCUGCCCUUCAGCGACCAGGUGGUGUUGGUGGGCACUGAGGAAGGGCUCUACGCACUGAAUGUCUUGAAAAACUCCCUCACCCAUGUCCCCGGAAUUGGAGCGGUCUUCCAAAUUUAUAUCAUCAAGGACCUGGAGAAGCUCCUCAUGAUAGCAGGAGAAGAGCGGGCUCUGUGCCUUGUUGACGUGAAGAAAGUGAAGCAGUCCCUCGCGCAAGCUCACCUUCCCGCCCAGCCCGACAUCUCCCCCAACGUUUUCGAAGCCGUGAAGGGCUGCCACUUGUUUGCCGCCGGCAAGAUUGAGAACGGGCUCUGCAUCUGUGCAGCCAUGCCCAGCAAAGUUGUCAUUCUACGCUACAACGAAAACCUCAGCAAGUACUGCAUUCGGAAAGAGAUAGAGACCUCAGAGCCCUGCAGCUGCAUCCACUUCACCAAUUACAGUAUCCUCAUCGGAACCAAUAAAUUCUACGAAAUUGACAUGAAGCAGUACACGCUUGAGGAAUUCCUGGAUAAGAAUGACCAUUCCUUGGCGCCUGCUGUGUUUGCCUCCUCUUCCAACAGUUUCCCUGUCUCGAUCGUGCAGGUGAACGGCGCAGGGCAGCGGGAGGAAUACCUGCUCUGCUUCCACGAAUUUGGGGUGUUCGUGGAUUCUUACGGAAGACGUAGCCGCACAGACGAUCUCAAGUGGAGUCGCUUACCUUUGGCCUUUGCCUACAGAGAACCCUAUCUGUUUGUGACCCACUUCAACUCACUCGAAGUCAUUGAGAUCCAGGCACGCUCCUCUCUGGGGACUCCUGCCCGAGCGUAUUUGGAAAUCCCGAACCCACGCUACUUGGGCCCUGCAAUUUCCUCAGGAGCGAUUUACCUGGCGUCCUCAUACCAGGAUAAAUUACGGGUCAUUUGCUGCAAAGGAAACCUCGUGAAGGAGUCUGGCACUGACCACCACCGGGGCCCCCCCACCUCCCGCAGCCCCAAUAAGCGAGGCCCGCCAACGUACAACGAGCACAUCACCAAGCGUGUGGCCUCUAGCCCGGCACCACCGGAAGGCCCCAGCCACCCGCGAGAGCCAAGCACACCCCACCGCUACCGGGAGGGGCGGACGGAGCUGCGCAGGGACAAGUCUCCUGGCCGCCCCCUGGAGCGGGAGAAGUCCCCAGGCCGGAUGCUCAGCACGCGGAGGGAACGCUCCCCUGGGAGGCUGUUUGAAGACAGCAGCCGGGGCCGGCUGCCUGUGGGAGCCGUGAGGACCCCACUGUCCCAGGUCAACAAGGUCUGGGACCAGUCUUCAGUGUAAAUCUCAGCCAGGAAAACCAACUUCUCAUCUUAAUCUGCAGGAAAAUACCAAACACUCUAAGGAACUCUGCUGAAGGGGCCCCCAGCACCCAUCUGCUCAGCCACCCCAAGGCACAGCUGGGCCCAGAGCCACCUCAGUGUGGACACCCUGCAUCCAGGCGGUGCAGGAGCCGAGGCUCUUAGGAGCUGUCAGCGCCUUCCUGCAGUCAUCCUCUGUGCACUUUGUUACUCUUUCAGAGCAUUCAUAAACUUUUAUACCUAGCUCUAGCCUGUACCGGUUCAUCAAAGGAAACCAACCUGCGCUAACUACACCGUGGUUAGAAUCCUAUUUAAUAGCUACUUUAAGAUCCUAGGGUUGGUUGGAUUUCCUUUUUUUUUUUUUUU